AGAAGAAGAAGAAGAAGAAAAAAAUAGAAAUAAACAAUAUGGGGGCGGCGUUUGCAGGAUUGGAACGUUUUCUACAGAAACUUUGUUGCCUAAGAGGCUGUAGAGCUCCGACAUCUGUGCUGUGUCAGCAACACAGACACUUCUUCUGGAGGAAAUCAAAAAAAUUUCACUCUCACAGUGUAGUUCAUCCAGCUGCUGUUAGUCCUGCGUAUCCGGUGCCCAAGCACAUAGUACAGCCUGAGUACGUCAGCAGUGAACUGGUCCCUGAAUGGCCAGACUACAUCGAGAUCAAGGAUCAAGAGCAGAUCGAAGGCCUUGCCAAAGCAUGUCGCCUGGCCAGACGUGUCCUGCUAUUGGCUGGCCAGAGUUUGAAGGUUGGCAUGACAACAGAUGAAAUAGACUUCAUAGUGCACCAGGAGACAAUAAAGAAUCAUGCCUACCCAUCUGCCCUCAGAUACGGGGGCUUUCCAAAGUCAGUCUGUACCUCUGUGAAUAAUGUGGUCUGUCAUGGAAUACCGGACAGUCGUCAGCUUCAGGAUGGGGAUAUCAUCAACAUCGACGUAACUGUUUAUUUAGAUGGUUACCAUGGUGACACCUCAGAAACCUUCUUGGUUGGCCAGGUGGAUGAAAUUGGGCAGCGGCUUGUAGAAACAGCCAGGCGUUGCCGAGAUGAGUCCAUCGCUGCGUGCAAGCCCGGAGCGCCGCUCUGUGUUAUAGGAAACACUAUUAGUGAAAUAGCCAAUUCCAGUGGCUUCCAAGUUUGUCCUUACUUUAUUGGCCAUGGCAUCGGCUCCUACUUCCACGGUCAUCCCGAAAUCUGGCACUAUGCAAAUAACAAUGAUAUGACUAUGGAGGAAGGGAUGGCUUUCACAAUAGAGCCUAUACUCAUGGAAGGAUCUGUAAGAUGUAAAAUCCUAAAAGACAAGUGGACUGCAGUGUCUGCUGAUGAUAAAAGGUCGGCUCAGUUUGAGCACACAGUAGUCAUCACAUCUGAUGGAGUGGACAUUCUCACCAGGCUACAAGACGAGAGCAGUCUGUGACC